AUGGCCGAAGGCGUGUAUCUCCCGGAACUUCCACCCAUUCCCGAGGAUGAGUUCUGCGUAUUCGGCAUCGUUUGGGCCGACCCACAACAUGCUGAUGCGCUUGAGGCGGUUUACGCCGAGACAACCAGGCUUGCCAAGGAUGAAGCUGGCAUCAUCUAUUACUGCCUUGCCAGAGACGAAGAUGACCCCAACAUGUUUCAUUUCUUUGAAAGGUAUACAGGGAGAAAAGCUUUUCAGGACCAUAAUUCCCAACCCAUUAUCCGGAAGCUUUUGGCCGACAACUAUAUCAAGGAUGUCAAAGCCAAAUUCGUCAAGCCAAUUCGGCCUAAAGAAGAAUGA